GCUUGCAGUUCCGGAAGUUUCCGUUUGGUUGGCCACCCUGGGCCUAGAUCCAGAAAGCUAGGAAAGCGUGGCCCCGGCUGCCACCAUGUAGAGACGUCAACGUCAAAGGCAAUGACUUUGUUCCGGGCUCCGGCUCCAGGACUCGGGAGUUCCCUGCGGGAGUGCAGUGGUGCUGGCUGCUUUUCUGGCCUCCGCACGCGUGGGGGCGCUGUGAGCGCGUGGCCUCUCGGCGCAGACCUGGGCGUUCAUUGCCGAGCGCACAUCCUGGGCUGUCGCCGUACCCACGUGUGAGUUUGCCGGGCCGCAUUUUCGAGGAAAAUGCCGAAAUUCAAAGCGGCCCGUGGGGCCGGGGCUCAGGAAAAACACGCGCCCCUGGCCGAGCAGAUCCUGGCUGGGAACGCGGUGCGGGCAGGUGCCCGGGAAAAGCGGCGGGGCCGCGGAACCGGGGAAGAGGAGGAAGAGUAUGUGGGGCCCCGGCUGAGCCGGCGGAUUUUGCAGCAAGCACGGCAGCAACAGGAGGAGCUGGAAACCGAGCACGGCUCCGGGGACGGGCCCGCCAAGCCUCGGGAGCGCGCCACGCGGCUGGGUCCUGGAGUGCCACAGGAUGGGUCAGACGAUGAGGAUGAGGAGUGGCCCACCUUGGAGAAGGCUGCCACGAUGAAGGGGGUAGACCACCAUGCAGAGGUGGUCGUGGACCCUGAGGAUGAGCGUGCCAUUGAGAUGUUCAUGAACAAGAACCCUCCUGCCAGGCGCACCCUGGCCGACAUCAUCAUGGAGAAGCUGACUGAGAAGCAGACGGAGGUCGAGACGGUCAUGUCAGAGGUGUCGGGCUUCCCUAUGCCCCAGCUGGACCCCCGGGUGCUGGAGGUCUACAGGGGGGUCCGGGAGGUGUUGUCUAAGUACCGCAGCGGGAAACUGCCCAAGGCCUUUAAGAUCAUCCCUGCGCUCUCCAACUGGGAACAGAUCCUCUAUGUCACAGAGCCUGAGGCCUGGACUGCGGCUGCCAUGUACCAAGCCACCAGGAUUUUUGCUUCUAACCUGAAAGAACGCAUGGCCCAGCGCUUCUACAACCUCGUCCUGCUCCCCCGCAUACGAGAUGACAUCGCUGAAUACAAACGACUCAACUUCCACUUGUACAUGGCGCUCAAGAAGGCCUUGUUCAAGCCUGGAGCCUGGUUCAAAGGGAUCCUGAUCCCCCUGUGCGAGUCAGGCACUUGUACUCUCCGGGAAGCCAUCAUCGUGGGCAGCAUCAUCACCAAGUGCUCCAUCCCUGUGCUGCACUCCAGCGCGGCCAUGCUAAAAAUCGCCGAGAUGGAAUACAGUGGUGCCAACAGCAUCUUCUUACGACUGCUGCUGGAUAAGAAGUAUGCACUGCCCUACCGCGUGCUGGACGCCCUGGUGUUCCACUUCCUGGGGUUCCGGACAGAGAAGCGGGAGCUGCCUGUGCUCUGGCACCAGUGCCUGCUGACACUGGUCCAGCGCUACAAGGCAGAUUUGGCCACAGAUCAGAAAGAAGCCCUCAUGGAACUGCUCCGGCUGCAGCCCCACCCACAGCUGUCGCCCGAAAUCAGGCGGGAGCUUCAGAGCGCAGUCCCUCGUGACGUGGAAGAUGUCUCCAUUACCAUGGAGUGAGGAAGACAGUCACCUGCCCUGGUCCAGUGGACAUGGGAGGACACCAGGUCCCCUGGGUGACUGAAGGUGACACUGAGCUUUUUAUGCCUGAAGACCAGGGCAGUGACAAGGUCACAGGGCAUCUGUGGCUCCCAGGCCAGGCAGGGCGGCCUGAGGGUCUGUUUGGCUCCCUCUGUUCUAAGCCUUCGUCCCUGCUCCCUUGGCGAGCUGAUGGAUGCACAGCCCAGCGUUCCCACUCCCCAGCUGGGGCUUGGUUUAAGUAUACUUUCUCUGCCUGUUGUGUCAAGUCACUGGGAAGCGGGUAAAAACAAAGACGGGUAUUUAUUGAACCUGCGUUCUGCUGCAGCUGAUGAAGGUCUUUCUACUUCUCUGUGGCUGGAGGUGGGAAUUCCUCUUCCCUGUUGUCUCGGGAGUGGAAUCUUCACCCCCGUUUACACAGCAGCCGACCUUAACCUCCCAAGUGUAUCUCCAGGCUGCGUGCCUCCAGUAGCCCCCAGGGGCACAUGCUCUGCCUUCCUUCCCCUUGAAUGAGUGACACUGUCUCGUUAGUUGGGUAGAAGGCCAGCAACAGGGUUGUUCAGAAGGUAGUGGUUUCUGGGCCGUGGAUGGAACGACUACAGAGGGGAGAUGGGUCUGCAGAUGAGGUGGGGUCAGCACCAGAUAGAUUCCCUUCCUAAGUUUUUAACCAAUUAAAGCUUUAGGUCAAGAGCUGGUAUUGUGACACCAGCAUCCCACACUGGAAUACCAGUUUGAGUCCUGUGUGCUCCACUUCCAGUCCAGCUCCCAGCCAAUGUAUCUGGGCAGGCAGCAGAAGAUGGGCCCUUGCUACCCAUGUGGGAGGUCUGCAUGGAGUUCCAAGCUCCUGGUUAUGGCCUGGCCCAGCCCUGGCUGUUGUGCCCAUUGAAGUGAACCAGUGGAUGGAAGAUCUCUCUGUUUGAUGCCUUUUCAAAUAAUCUUUAAAAAAAAAAGAUUUAUUUAUUUUAUUUGAAAGGCACAGUUACAGAGAGGGAGAAGCAGAGGCAGAGAGAGAGGUCUUCCAUCUGCUGGUUCACUCCCCAAAUGGCCACAACAGCCAGAGCUGGGCCAAUCUGAAGCCAGGAGCCAGGAGCUUCUUCUGGGUCUCUCACAUGGGUGCAGGGGCCCAAGUACUUGGGUUAUCUGCUGCUGCUUUCCCAGGCCAUAGCAGAGAGCUGGAUCAGAAGUGGAGUAGCCAGGACUUGAACCGGGUGCCCGCAUUAUAGGCAGUGGCUUUUUAUCUGCUAUGCCACAGCGCUGGUCCCCUUUCAGAUAAAUUCAAAAAAAAAAAAAAAAGAAAAGAAAAGAAAAAGAAAAAUAGUGGCUGGCAAAUUAGGGCUAAAAGUAUUUUUGUAUGGCUCAUGAACUAAGACCGAUUUUUAUAUUUUUAAAUCAUUGCAGGGGGGAUUUAAGGAGCAGUAUUUUGUGACAGGUAAUAAUUACAUGACAUUCAAAUGCCAAUGUCGGCAAGUUCAGUUGGAACCUGGCCACACCCACCAUUGACGUUUCCUGUGGCUGCUCUACUCCAAAAAGUUCCUUAAUCUUGCUGUAAACCUUGUUACUUGCUUUUAAAAAUCUGUCUGCUCCAACCCAAUUAAUGCAUUGGAGAACAAUUUGAUAGUAGUACAAACUUUAAAGAAAAUUUGUUUCUGCCCUUUCAAUUU